AUGGACCCACGACAUUUACCAGAAUCUGUUUUUGUGGGGUUGUGUAAUUACAUAGGGACUUCAUAUCAAAUAUCCAUGAGGAGAGGAGUAUGGGACAUUAGUCAGAGAAUUACAAACCUGUUAAACAAGGAGGAGCAGGUCUACGAAAUGUGGAGUGGAAGUCGAAAGGAGGGAUUCAGACUUGCUUCGUCUGAUACGGAUUGGAUGUUCUCCCCAAAAGAUCACAGAGUCAUAUGGAACUUGUGUCAGAUUCAGUACUAUACCCUUCAUAGUAAAACGCUGAUUUUAUCGGAGUGGCAGAUGAGUCCCCCUGGAUUUGUUUUACUUCAGCUAUUAACGCCAUCAUACCGAGGCUUCCUAAGAGAAUUCACGUUGUCAUGUGUCGAAAUGAAAAACAGAUAUUAUAUAUCUAGCUCAAUAUACAGACAGAUUACUUGUUCCAAAAUAUUUCCCUUCUCUGACGUUCAUGGUCCAUGUGGAAGCGGAAAUAUUGGUGGAGUGGAAUGCGAUGCUGCACAGUGCCUGACAUGUGACAUUUGGCCACCGACUGCUUAUUCUUUUAUUACCAGAAGUUUACACUGGCCAGAAUCUCGUGUUCUACAAGAUAUAGUUAAAAGUGGAUGCCAUUUUGUAGCAAUUGGAAACAAGCUAUCCGAACACGAAGACAAGGAAUGGAGGAUAUCCUUCUCCCUGGCGGAGCAGAAGCUUGUAUACUCGAUGAACCAUUGUCAGUUUCUGACGUAUGCUUUAUUAAAACUGUUCCUGACUGAUGUUAUUAACAACGAAACGGAGGAAAAACUACUCUGCUCCUACCACAUGAAAACAGUAGUUUUCUGGGUUAUCCAGCUAAACAUGGUUCCUAGUUGGUCUCCGCAAAAUCUUUUAGAAUGUUUUUGGAUCUGCUUUAAAGUGAUUCUUAAAUGGGUGUAUGAUGGGAUCUGUCCAAACUUUUUUAUUCCAGAAAAUAACAUGUUUCUUGGUAAGAUCCACGGAUAUGCUCAGAAUACCUUACUUAUGAGACUUAUGGGGCUAUAUGAGAGAGGAGUUGUAUCCCUUCAACACAUUCCAGCCAUAAGACUUUAUGUUUUACAUGCUCUUCACCAUCCUAGAAUCUUUGUCAGCGUAGAUGAACAUCUUCUGCUUUCAGAGUCAAAAUGUGAUGUUGAAAUGUUUAUUGAAAUUUCAACAGUGAAUUCCCAUCGCACUCCACAUUUAAGAAAAUAG